AUGGUAUGUCUUUCGUGUACAGCAACAGGGGAACGAGUUUGCUUAGCAGCUGAAGGUUUUGGUAAUCGUCACUGUUUUCUUGAAAAUAUCGCUGACAAGAACAUACCACCAGAUCUAUCACAAUGCGUCUUUGUGAUCGAGCAAGCUCUAUCGGUACGAGCACUACAAGAACUCGUAACUGCUGCUGGUUCUGAAACGGUAAAGUUGAAUUUAUGCCAUUAAAGAUUGGUUAUUUUCCUCACAAUUAUUCUUCUUCGCCAUCUAAAUAGUGAUAUGUAUUUAGCAUGUCUUUCCACAAGUUCUUCCAAUGAUAAAUUAGCAUUUGAUGUCGGUCUUCAAGAACACUCUCAAGGAGAGGCUUGUUGGUGGACUGUACAUCCAGCAUCCAAACAAAGAUCAGAGGGUGAAAAAGUUCGUGUUGGAGAUGAUCUUAUUUUAGUAUCUGUAGCAACCGAGAGAUAUUUACAUACUACAAAAGAAAACGAUUUAUCAGUCGUAAAUGCUUCGUUUCACGUGACGCAUUGGUCAGUUCAGCCGUACGGCACUGGGAUAAGUCGUAUGAAAUACGUUGGUUAUGUGUUCGGUGGUGAUGUUCUAAGAUUUUUUCAUGGAGGAGAUGAAUGUUUGACAAUACCAUCCACGUGGAAUACGGCACCUGGUCAAAAUUUAGUCAUAUACGAAGGUGGAAGUGUAAUGAGUCAAGCGAGGUCACUUUGGCGUUUAGAGCUCGCAAGAACCAAAUGGGCAGGUGGAUUUAUCAAUUGGUUACAUCCCAUGAGAAUAAGACAUCUAACAACUGGACGUUACCUCGCUGUGAAGGAGAAUAACGAACUAUACUUAGUGGAUAGAAAUGAAGCGACGAUUGAAACAUCAACGUUUUGGUUUCGACAAGAAAAAGAUGAUCAAAAAAUUGUACUAGAAGACAAAGAUUUAGAAGUUAUUGGAUUACCAAUCAUCAAAUAUGGAGACUCGACUGUUAUUAUGCAACAUGCCACAACAAAUCUUUGGGUUUCGUAUAAGUCAUAUGAGACAAAAAAGAAAGGUGUUGGUAAAGUUGAGGAAAAGCAAGCGGUUCUUCAUGAGGAAGGAAAAAUGGACGACGGUCUUGAUUUUUCACGAUCUCAGGAAGAAGAGUCACGAACCGCUAGAGUUAUUCGCAAAUGUAGUAGUCUCUUUUCACAAUUCAUCACAGGAUUAGAAACACUUCAAAUUGAUAGACGCGCGUCUAUGUUCUUUCAAAAUGUAAAUCUCAAUGAAAUGGUAAUGUGUUUAGAGGAUUUGAUAAACUAUUUUGCUCAACCAGAAGAUGACAUGGAACACGAAGAGAAGCAAAAUCGCUUUCGUGCUUUACGCAAUCGUCAAGAUCUAUUUCAGGAAGAAGGAAUUUUAAAUCUAAUUCUAGAAGCUAUUGAUAAAAUCAAUGUGAUUACAUCUCAAGGUUUUCUUGUAGCUUUAUCCGGUGAUGAAAGUGGACAAGCUUGGGACCAAAUAUCCGGUUAUCUCUAUCAAUUAUUAGCUGCAAUAAUAAAAGGAAAUCACACGAAUUGUGCACAAUUUGCUAAUAGUAAUAGGCUUAAUUGGCUUUUCAGUCGAUUAGGAUCUCAAGCAUCCGGUGAGGGUACGGGAAUGCUUGACGUACUUCAUUGUGUUCUUAUUGAUUCACCAGAAGCUCUGAAUAUGAUGAGAGAUGAACACAUUAAAGUUAUCAUAUCGCUAUUAGAAAAACAUGGAAGGGAUCCAAAAGUAUUAGAUGUACUUUGUUCACUUUGCGUUGGUAAUGGUGUUGCUGUGCGUUCAUCGCAGAACAAUAUAUGUGAUUUUUUAUUACCUGGCAAAAAUUUAUUACUACAAACGCAGUUGGUAGAUCAUGUUGCUAGUAUCAGGCCAAAUAUAUUCGUAGGUAGAGUGGAAGGCUCCUCCCUCUAUCAAAAAUGGUACUUUGAAGUAACCGUUGAUCAUAUUGAACAAACUACUCACAUGAUGCCACAUCUACGGAUUGGAUGGGCUAACACGGCUGGGUAUAUGCCAUAUCCAGGUGGAGGGGAAAAAUGGGGUGGAAAUGGUGUUGGUGACGAUUUAUACUCUUUUGGUUUUGACGGAGCUUUUCUUUGGACAGGAGGAAGAAGAACUCAAAUUAUGCAGAACUUGUCUGAACCUUAUAUACGCAAGGGUGAUGUCAUAGGUUGUUCACUAGAUCUGACGGUUCCAAUUAUCAAUUUCGCUUUCAAUGGUGUUCCUUGUACCGGCUGUUUUCGCGGCUUUAAUCUUGAUGGCAUGUUUUUUCCAGCCAUCAGCUGUUCCUCGAAAUUAUCUUGCCGAUUUCUAUUAGGUGGUGAUCAUGGAAGACUCAAAUAUCAGCCACCCGAUGAGUUUUCACCACUGGUAGAAAGUCUUUUACCUCAGCAGAUUCUGUCACUUGAUCCAUGCUUCUAUUUUGGAAAUAUGAACAAAGUUGUUCUAGCAGGUCCGUGGCUGAUGGAGGAUGAUACAGCUUUUGUACCUUCGCCAGUCGAUACAUCGAUGAUUAAUUUACCACCAUACGUUGAGCAAGUUCGGGAUAAAUUAUCCGAAAAUAUCCAUGAGAUGUGGGCAAUGAAUAAAAUCGACGCUGGUUGGACAUACGGCGAAAUCAGAGAUGACCUCCACAAAAUACAUCCAUGUAUCGUUCCUUUUGAAAAACUACCAGCUGCUGAAAAGCGCUACGACACACAAUUGGCAGUACAGACUCUGAAAACCAUACUUGCACUUGGAUAUUAUAUCUCGAUGGAUAAACCACCAUCCAGGAUAAAAACGCUUCGAUUACCUCAAGAUAGAUUUACACAAAGCACAGGAUAUAAACCGGCCCCAUUGGAUCUCAGUGCGAUAACAUUGACGCCCAAGAUGGAGGAACUUGUAGAUCAAUUAGCCGAGAAUACGCAUAAUUUAUGGGCGAAGGAAAGAAUUAGUCAAGAUUGGACUUAUGGGCUUAAUGAAGAUUCGGAGAUGAGACGAAGCCCACAUCUUGUACCUUAUGCGAAAGUGGAUGAGGCUAUUAAGAAGGCUAAUAGAGACACAGCAAGUGAAACUGUUAGAACAUUGUUAGUUUAUGGUUAUAUGUUAGACCCACCAACUGGAGAGCAACAUGAAGCAUUGCUACUAGAAGCCAAUCGACAGCGGCAAUUGCUUUUCCGUACUUAUCGAGUGGAAAAACAUUAUGCAGUUAGCAGUGGAAAAUGGUAUUUCGAAUUUGAAGUGAUGACUGCCGGUCCCAUGAGAGUCGGAUGGGCGAAAGCGGAUUGCAUGCCUGGAAGUAUGUUAGGUAGUGACGAGAAUACCUGGGCUUUCGAUGGAUAUAAUGUAACAAAAGUACAUUGCGGUUCCAACGAGUCUUUCGGUCAAAGAUUACAAGUGGGGGAUGUUGUUGGCUGUUUCAUUGACGUCGCAGACAGAACCAUCAGUUUUUCUUUAAAUGGAGAAUUAUUAAUGGAUGCUCUUGGAGGUGAAACAUCUUUUGCAGACGUGCAGGGUGAGUCUUUUGUCCCGGCUUUUACCCUUGGAGUUGGUCAAAAAGCAAAAUUAACAUUUGGUCAAGAUGUCAAUACACUAAAAUUUUUCACAACUUGUGGACUACAAGAAGGAUAUGAACCUUUCUGUGUUAACAUGAAUCGACCAGUAACAUUUUGGUACACGAAGUAUCAACCCAUUUUUGAGAAUACAGAUGACAUGGCAGAUACGCGCAUCGAUGUUGCUCGGAUCCCUGCAGGAUCAGACUCGCCACCCUGUCUUAAAAUUUCCCACAACACUUUCGAAACGAUGGAGAAAGCCAAUUGGGAAUUCCUCCGUCUUUCGCUACCUAUUAUAUGUCAGUCAACAUUUAUUUCAGAAGGUGAUAAAAUGCGCAGAUGGCAGGAAAUAAAAAUGCGACAAAAUCGAUUAUAUAAUGAGCAAAUGGAACAACACGUCCAUCCAUCAGCCCACAUAGAGCAUAUAAUGCGAUCUGGUUUUAGUAUGAGUGAUAUCAAAGAUUUACAGAGAAAUUACGCCGAUGACGUUACUGAUAUAGACGAAAUGAUGCGUGAAUCACCAUUACCGAUACAACGCAAAAAACCAUCGAGACCACCACGACGAGGUUCAAUUUCAGGUUCGAGAAACUUUGAUGUAGGACAUAGCGAUGGAGAAAUGAAUGGUUAUGGUGAUAUAAAUGGCGAUGCGAAAGAUGAUAAGAAGAAACGCGGAAGAUCUCCUUUUCGACAACGUAGUAAAGAAAUGGAAGACGUCAUAUCUGAUUUUUUUUCACGGAAGGUCAAAUCAUCCGACUCUAAAACUAAAACUCCCGAACCAAUGAUAUAUGCAAAUACCGAAAGUGAAAGAAUAGCCAAACCAACUCCAAUUAGCAAAAUUGGAAUAGGAAGGACCGCAACUAUACGUGUAUCGACUACUGAUCUGAAGGUUGUACCCCCACAAAUACCAGAACGAAAUGCUCCAAAAGCAAUGUCGGUUCCAUCUGGCACUGGAAUCGAGUCCAUCGGAAAUGAAAUUUACGACACCGAAUGUUUGAAGCUUAUGAAUGAAUAUUUUUAUGGAGUAAGAAUAUUUCCUGGACAAGAUCCCACUCAUGUUUAUGUUGGCUGGGUCACCUCACAAUACCACUUACAUACGAAGGACUUUAAUCUGUCAAAAGUUCGUAAAGCCUCGGUCGUUAUAGUUGAUGAUUAUGAUCGCCCUGUAGAGCAGGUUGAUCGUCAAAGCUGCUAUAUGGUUCGCGCUGAUGAAUUGUAUAACGAAGUUACCCAAGAUGCAUCUGGUAAAGGUGCAUCUCAAGGAAUGUUCGUGGGUUGCUUUGUAGAUACAUCAACCGGUUGGGUAUCCUUUACUUGUGAAGGGAAAGAAACAAGUCAUAAAUUCAAAAUGGAACCAGAUACGAAACUAUUUCCAGCUAUAUUUGUAGAGGCUACCAGUAAGGAGAUCCUACAAAUAGAGUUGGGCCGAACAUCCACGACUUUACCAUUGUCAGCAGCAGUUCUUCAGAGCUCCGAGAGACAUGUAAUUCCUCAAUUUCCACCAAGACUAAAAGUACAAUGUCUAAAGCCUCAUCAAUGGGCUAGAGUACCAAAUCAAUCACUGCAGGUACAUGCGUUAAAAUUAUCAGACAUCAGAGGUUGGUCGAUGCUUUGUGAAGACGCUGUGUCAAUGCUGGCUCUUCACAUUCCAGAAGAAGAUAGGUGUAUCGAUAUUUUAGAGCUCAUAGAGAUGGAUAAAGUUCUCAGUUUCCAUGCACAUACGUUAACUUUGUACGCGGCAUUAUGUUACCAAUCAAAUUAUAGGGCGGCUCAUGCUCUUUGCCUUCACGUAGAUCAGAAACAAUUGCUAUAUGCAAUUCGGGCGGAAUAUAUGUCUGGACCAUUAAGACAAGGGUUUUAUGAUUUGCUCAUAGCACUUCAUCUUGAAUCUCAUGCUACUACAAUGGAAGUUUGUAAAAAUGAAUAUAUCAUUCCAUUAGGUCAAGAAUUAAAAGAUUUAUAUGAAGGUGAAGAAAUGCGGCACAGCUUAAGGUAUCUUGAAACAGAAUCUGUAAGACCACAAAUGAAAAUGACUGAUAUCAGGAUAAUUCAUUCUAGUGAAACUCAAAGCAUCGACAACAUACGUAAUCUGUACAGUCCACAUUUUCCACUAAGUGUAGUACGGGAUUAUGUAAUGAUGGCUUUACACGAAGCUGUUGAAAUUAAUCAAGUACACAAUCGAGAUCCGAUAGGUGGCAGUAAUGAAAAUUUAUUUCUACCCCUGAUAAAGUUGGUGGAUAGAUUAUUCUUAGUAGGAAUGAUAAGAAACGAUGAUAUUAAAAAAUUACUCAUUAUGGUUCACCCAGAAACAUGGGAUCCUACAUUCGAUAAAGAAUGCAAAGAUGCACACCGAAAAGGUUUACUACACAUGAAAAUGGCUGAAGGUGCGAAAUUGCAGAUGUGUUAUUUAUUGCAUCAUCUUAAUGAUAUCCAACUUCGGCAUCGGGUUGAAUCUAUUAUCGCUUUCAGUCAUGAUUUUGUGGGAGAUCUUCAAGCGGAUCAACUUCGUCGUUAUAUUGAGAUCAAACAAUCAGAUUUACCAUCAGCUCUUGCUGCAAAGAAAACUAGGGAAUUUCGAUGCCCACCGCGUGAACAGAUGAAUGCUAUACUUAGCUUUAAAAAUAUGGAAGAAGAAGAAGCUGACAAUUGUCCCUGUGGUGAUGAUUUAAUAGUGAAAAUGAACGAGUUUCAUAAUAAUCUCAUGUCCUAUGUCAGUUUACAUGCUCUUCAAGAAGCUGAAGAUUUUAUAAAUGACAACGAUGCAGACGGAAAAAAACUGGGAGCAAUUAAAAAACUCAUAAACUUUAUUCAUCAUGUCAAAGAACUAGAAGAAGAGUCAAAACCUCAACUAGAACCGGAAAAAAAAACUCCUGAAGAAAUAUUUAGAAAAGUUUUAAUAUCGACAAUAGUGAAUUGGGCCGAAGAGUCACAAAUUGAGACACCAAAAUUAGUACGUGAAAUGUUUAGCCUUUUAGUACGGCAAUAUGAUACUGUUGGUGAAUUAAUAAGGGCUUUGGAAAAAACUUACGUCAUUAAUAAUAAGACAAAAGAGGAUGUAGCAGAAAUGUGGAUUGGAUUAAGUCAAAUCCGUGCCCUAUUACCUGUCCAAAUGUCACAAGAAGAGGAGGAACUCGUUAGAGAACGACUGUGGAAGCUCGUUAAUAAUCAUACUUUUUUUCAACAUCCAGAUCUUAUUCGCGUGCUUCGCAUUCAUGAGAAUGUCAUGGCUAUCAUGAUAAAUACUUUAGGCAGACGAGCCCAGGCCCAGUCAGAUGCGCAAGCUCAGGCUCAAGCGGUGGAAGGCGGCGAAGCUCUAAUGAAAGAAAAAGAUACGUCUCAUGAAAUGGUAGUGGCUUGUUGUAGAUUUCUGUGUUACUUUUGUAGAACGUCAAGACAGAAUCAGAAAGCUAUGUUCGAUCAUUUCGAUUUCCUUUUAGAAAAUAGCAAUAUAUUAUUAUCACGACCGUCGUUGAGAGGAUCUACACCACUGGAUGUAGCCUAUUCCUCUUUGAUGGAAAAUACCGAACUUGCCCUUGCUCUUAGAGAACAUUAUUUAGAAAAAAUAGCCAUUUACUUGUCAAGGUGUGGCUUGCAGUCAAAUUCAGAAUUAAUAGAAAAGGGCUAUCCCGACUUAGGAUGGGAUCCAGUUGAAGGAGAACGUUAUUUAGAUUUCUUAAGAUUUUGUGUUUGGGUUAAUGGUGAAAGCGUCGAAGAAAAUGCUAAUUUGGUUAUUAGGCUAUUAAUUCGUCGACCAGAAUGUCUUGGGCCUGCAUUGAGAGGAGAAGGUGAAGGAUUACUAAGAGCUAUUAUGGAUGCUAAUAAAAUGUCUGAAAAAAUUGCUGAUAGGCGAAGGUUGCACGAUGAAGGUGAUGAUAAUAUAGUAACUCAAUUUGAGCAUCCGCUUCCGGAAUCUGACGACGAUGAGGAUUACAUUGAUACUGGAGCUGCGAUUCUGAAUUUUUAUUGCACCCUUGUAGACUUACUUGGACGAUGUGCUCCUGAUUCAUCAGUUAUCGAACAAGGAAAAAAUGAAUCUCUACGUGCAAGAGCUAUUCUUAGAUCAUUAGUACCAUUAGAUGAUCUUCAAGGUGUUUUAUCUCUUCGAUUUACUUUACUUAAUCCAGCUGUUGGUGAACCAAGUCCAAAAAGUGAUACGCCGUCUGGCUUAAUUCCCGGUCAUAAGCAGAGUAUAGUUCUUUUUUUAGAACGCGUUUAUGGUAUAGAAACACAAGAGUUAUUUUUUAAACUGUUAGAAGAAGCAUUUUUACCAGAUUUAAGAGCUGCCACAAUGCUAGAUCGGAAUGAUGGAUAUGAAUCCGAUAUGGCACUCGCUAUGAAUCGUUAUAUUGGCGUUAGCAUUUUACCUUUACUUAUUAAACAUUCAAAAUUUUAUAGUGAAGCGGAUAAUUAUGCUAAUUUAUUAGAUGCAACUUUACACACAGUUUAUCGCUUAAGCAAAAAUCGAAUGCUUACUAAAGGGCAACGCGAGGCAGUUUCAGAUUUUUUGGUGGCUUUAACUAGUCAGAUGCAGCCAAGCAUGUUAUUAAAGCUUUUACGAAAACUAACCGUCGAUGUUUCCAACUUAUCCGAAUAUACAACAGUAGCUCUACGGCUUUUAACAUUACAUUACGAUCGUUGCGGUAAAUAUUAUGGUUCAACCGGGAGUCAAAGUUUAUAUGGAGCUUCUAGUGAUGAAGAGAAACGUUUGACUAUGGUUUUGUUCAGUAAUAUUUUUGAUUCUUUGUCAAAAAUGGAUUACGAGCCUGAAUUAUUUGGAAAAGCACUUCCUUGUUUGACGGCUAUUGGUUGUGCUUUACCUCCGGAUUAUUCAUUAUCUAAAAAUUAUGAUGAUGAAUGGUACGGAAGUAAAUCGGCUUCUACUCAGUCGCCCGAUGGACCUUAUAAUCCUCAACCAAUUAAUACUUCUAACGUUGUCUUGAAUAAUGAUCUGAAUCAAAUAGUUCAAAAAUUCUCUGAACACUACCACGAUGCUUGGGCAAGUCGGAAAUUAGAAAACGGCUGGAUUCAUGGCGAACAUUGGUCUGACUCAAAUAAAACUCAUCCGAGACUAAAACCAUAUAAUAUGUUAAAUGAUUAUGAGAGAGAAAGGUAUAAAGAGCCAGUGAGAGAAAGUUUAAAGGCACUGCUUGCAAUUGGUUGGAGUGUCGAACAUGCAGAAGUAGACGUUGCGUCAACAAGUCGUAAUUCUCAAAGAAGAUCAUCCAAGACCUUGAUUGAUUCUGUGAAUCCAUUUAACUAUAAUCCUCAUCCAGUUGAUAUGACAAAUUUAACAUUAAGCAGAGAGAUGCAAAAUAUGGCAGAACGAUUGGCUGAUAAUGCUCAUGAUAUUUGGGCGAAAAAGAAAAAAGAGGAAUUAUUAACAGUUGGGGGUGGAAUACAUCCACAACUGGUACCUUACGACCUAUUAACGGACAAAGAAAAAAGAAAAGAUCGAGAAAGAUCUCAAGAAUUUCUAAAAUACUUGCAAUAUCAAGGUUACAAGCUGCAUAAGCCAAAUCGUAGUGGAGCUGAAACAGAAGUCGCAGCUGCAGGUGCUGCUGUAGAGCUUCGUUUCGCAUACUCACUUCUAGAAAAAUUAAUUGCUUAUUUGGACAAAGCAACGAUUAAUAUGAAGCUUUUAAAACCAUCUGAUACGUAUAGUAGAAGAAAUAGUUUUAAAACGUCUACAAGAGAUAUCAAGUUCUUUAGUAAAGUCGUUUUACCGUUAAUGGAAAAGUACUUCAGUACGCAUAGAAAUUACUUCAUUGCAGUAGCGACCGCAACUAACAAUGUAGGAGCUGCGUCGUUAAAAGAAAAAGAAAUGGUAGCUGCAUUAUUUUGUAAAUUAGCGAGUCUUUUGCGGUCAAGGAUGGCGGCAUUCGGUGCCGAUGUCAGAAUAACCGUACGUUGCUUGCAAGUUUUAGUAAAAGGCAUUGAUGCCAAGUCAUUGGUAAAAAAUUGUCCUGAGUUCAUUAGGACAUCUAUGUUGACAUUUUUUAAUAACACAGCAGAUGAUCUGGGACAUACGAUACUACAUCUUCAAGAUGGUAAAUACAGUCAUUUACGAGGAACUCAUCUUAAAACUUCAACUUCUCUCUCAUAUAUCAACAGUGUCAUUUUACCAGUAUUAACAGCUAUGUUUGACCAUUUAGCUGCUUGUGAAUAUGGAAGCGAUCUUUUAUUGGAUGAAAUUCAAGUUGCGGCAUACAAGAUGUUAGCAUCUUUGUAUACAUUAGGAAUAGACGCAACUCUAACCCAUGAACGAAAGUACUUAAAGACUGAAAUUGAGCGCAAUAAGCCCAAUCUUGGCUCAUGCCUCGGUGCAUUUUCAAGUUGUUUUCCGGUCGCGUACCUCGAACCUCAUCUCAAUAAACAUAAUCCAUUCUCUCUAUUAAAUCGUAUUGCUGAUCAUUCGCUCGAAGCUCAAGAUAUUAUGGCACGUAUGGAAUCGAGUAUGCCUACACUUGAAACAAUAUUAAGUGAAGUUGACCAAUUUGUCGAGUCUGAAAAAACAUAUGCUGAUGCUCCUCAUGUGGUUGAUAUUAUUUUACCACUUUUAUGCUCCUAUCUACCUUCCUGGUGGGCUCAAGGACCAGACAACGUUAAUCCUAAUGAAGGCACAUACAUUAGUAUGGUAACAAGUGAUCACAUGAAUCAGUUGUUGAAAAAUGUUCUUAAAUUGAUAAAAAAAAAUAUUGGAAACGACAAUGCACCUUGGAUGACAAGAAUAGCUGCUUAUACUCAGCAAAUAAUAAUAAAUUCUUCGGAAGAACUAUUGAAAGAUCCAUUUUUACCAUUAGCCGAAAGAGUAAGAAAGCGAACCGAUAAUAUGUUUCAUAAAGAAGAAUCUAUGAGAGGAUUCAUUAAAUCGUCAACUGACGAUACUUCACAAGUCGAAGCACAAAUUCAAGAAGACUGGCAAUUACUUGUUCGCGAUAUUUAUUCUUUUUAUCCACUGCUCAUUAAGUACGUUGACUUACAACGAAAUCAUUGGUUAAGAAAUAAUAUUUCCGAAGCCGAGGAUCUAUAUAAUCACGUAGCUGCAAUUUUUAACAUCUGGUCGAAAUCACAAUAUUUUCUGAAAGAAGAACAGAAUUUCAUAUCUGCCAAUGAAAUCGAUAAUAUGGUAUUGAUCAUGCCAACGGCCACGAGGAGAUCUACCGCUGUUACAGAUGGUGCAGCCCCUACCGGCGGUGGAAAGAAAAAAAAGAAGCACAGAGAUAAAAAAAGGGACAAGGAUAAAGAAGUACAAGCAUCUCUUAUGGUUGCUUGUUUGAAACGGUUGCUUCCAGUGGGCUUAAAUUUAUUUGCGGGACGUGAGCAAGAAUUGGUGCAGCAUUGUAAAGAUCGGUUUUUAAAGAAAAUGCCAGAACAACAAAUUGCAGAGUUUGCAAAAGCACAAUUAACUCUUCCUGAUAAAAUUGAUCCAGCGGAUGAGAUGUCGUGGCAACAUUAUUUAUACUCUAAAUUAGGACAGCAGAAAGAUAUUAUAGAAUCUGUAAAAGCACCCAUAGUUGAUGACGUCGUUAUAAGGAUCACAGAAAUGGCGAAAGUACUUUAUGGUCUUCAUAUGAUAGAUCAUCCACAACAACAAAGCAAGAGUAGCUAUCGAUCAGUGGUUUCUAUCCAACGAAAGCGAGCUGUUAUCGCUUGCUUCCGUCAAACUUCCCUACAUUCCCUGCCCAGGCAUAGGGCAAUCAAUAUUUUUGCGAGAACAUAUUAUGAACUAUGGUUACAAGACGAAAAUGUAGGACAAGAAAUAAUGAUUGAAGAUCUAACACAAACUUUUGAAGAUUCCGAAUCUAAGAAGAUGGAUAAAGUUGAGGACGAAGGUAAACCUGAUCCAUUAACGCAGUUGGUAACAACAUUCUGUCGAGGUGCAAUGACGGAACGUUCCGGUGCUCUACAAGAGGAUUUACUUUACAUGAGCUAUGCCCAGAUUAUUUCUAAAUCGUGUGGCGAGGAAGAGGAAGAGGGUGAUGACGAAGGCGGCGGUAGCGAAGAAGAAGGCGGUGCUUCUAUUCAUGAACAAGAGAUUGAGAAGCAAAAGCUUCUAUUCAAUCAAGCCAGAUUAGCGGAUAGAGGAGUCGCCGAGAUGGUUCUCCUACACAUAUCGGCUUGCAAAGGUAUACCUAGCGAAAUGGUAAUGAAAACAUUACAGCUUGGUAUUUCCAUUCUUCGUGGUGGUAAUAUUGACAUACAGAAGGGUAUGCUCAAUCAUCUUAAAGAAAAAAAAGAUGUCGGCUUCUUUACUUCGAUUGCUGGUCUGAUGAAUAGUUGUAGUGUUUUGGAUUUAGACGCUUUCGAGAGGAAUACGAAAGCCGAAGGACUGGGCGUUGGUUCUGAAGGAGCUGCUGGCGAAAAAAAUAUGCACGAUGCAGAAUUUACUUGUGCCCUAUUUCGAUUUAUUCAAUUGACAUGCGAAGGCCAUAAUUUAGAUUGGCAAAAUUAUUUGAGAACACAAGCUGGAAACACAACAACGGUAAAUGUAGUAAUCUGUACGGUUGAUUAUUUACUUCGCCUUCAAGAAUCUAUCAUGGACUUCUACUGGCAUUAUUCUAGUAAAGAAUUGAUAGACCCUGCGGGCAAAGCAAACUUCUUCAAAGCCAUCGGUGUAGCUAGUCAAGUAUUUAAUACAUUGACCGAGGUCAUUCAAGGUCCAUGCGCUCAGAAUCAACAGGCUCUAGCUCAUUCGAGACUGUGGGAUGCAGUUGGUGGUUUCCUUUUCCUCUUUUCACAUAUGCAAGAUAAAUUAUCCAAACACUCGAGUCAAGUGGAUUUAUUAAAGGAAUUGUUAAAUCUACAGAAAGACAUGAUAACUAUGAUGUUAUCGAUGCUUGAAGGAAAUGUUGUUAACGGUACAAUUGGAAAACAAAUGGUAGAUACAUUGGUUGAAUCUGCUGGCAAUGUUGAGCUAAUUUUAAAGUACUUCGAUAUGUUUUUAAAACUUAAGAGUUUAGUCUCUUCUGCUUUUGCAGAAGCCGACGAUGGCUGGGUUUAUCCGAAAGAUUUUAAAGAAAAAAUGGAGCAAACAAAGAAUUAUAGCGUUGAAGAGAUGGAGUUUUUACUGGCUUGUUGCGAAACAAAUCAUGAUGGAAAAAUCAACUAUAUUGCUUUCAUGGAACGUUUUCAUGAACCUGCAAAAGAGAUUGGUUUUAAUCUUGCGGUUUUACUUACGAAUCUCUCUGAGCAUAUGCCGAAUGAACCACGACUCGCUCGAUUCCUUGAAACUGCUGGUUCCGUUCUUAAUUAUUUCGAACAAUUCCUAGGUAGAAUUGAAAUUCUUGGAAGUAAUAAACGCAUUGAACGUGUCUACUUUGAGAUCAAGGAAUCAAAUAUCGAACAAUGGGAGAAACCACAGAUUAAAGAAUCUAAAAGAACAUAUUUCUACAACACUGUGGUUGAUUCCGAUGAAAAGGAAAAACUAGAGACCUUUAUCAACUUUUGUGAAGAUGCUAUAUUUGAAAUGCAACAUGCGAGUGCUUUGAUGGCGGUUGAAGAAAGCGGAGGUGGCGGCAAAGCUAAAGAAUCUUCUUAUACUUACAUGACCGACGAAGAUGAGGAAAGAAGGGACCCGAUAAGAAGAAAAAUACAAGCUAUAAAAGAUGGUGUUUAUUUUUUCUUUUCCAUGUUCUCACCAUCAAACAUUAAGAACAUGAUCAUCGAUGUGCAACAAAUGUCCAUACCCGAGCUUCUCAUAGGAAUCAUCAAGACAAUAUUCUACACGAUUUAUUAUUUAGGUUACGGAAUAGGCUGCACAAUCAGUUACUUUAUGAAAUUAUUACUUAGCCUUAUGAGAGGACCAAUUAUCGAAGAACCGAUUAUAGAAAUUAAAGAAGACGACAUUAAAACAUCAAGACAUUUGCCAGCCUUACCACCAACAAUAGACGAAUCAAGUUUACAAGUACAGACAUUUGGAAUGGAUAGUUCGAAAGAAGAUGGCCAAAUAAAAUCAAAUCAACACGAACUUACUACAACAACUCCACAAUCUAAUUAUGAAGAAGUUGGAGAAGUUAUUUCUGAUGAAUGUGCUAUCGAAGAUAGUUCAAAAAUCAUGGAUGGCGAAUCCGAAUUACCAGCUACGCUAGCUGAUUUGUUAGGUGGGGAGCAAGCGAGGGCACAGGCUUUGGCGGCAGCAGAAGCAGUUGCAGUUCAACAAGCAGCCAUGGCUGCCGUCGAGGCAGAGGCAAAGCAAGAAGCAAUCGAGGAACCCUCCGCGGCUUCAUCGAUAAACUUUUCCGAAUACAGCCAUCGUCUUGUCUCGUUUCUCGCAAGAAAUUUUUAUACACUCAAAUAUGCUGCUUUAAUCCUCGCAUUCUGCAUCAACUUUAUGCUACUAUUUUAUCAGGUAACCAUUUUGAAUGAAGGAUCCGAAAAUGACAGUAACGGAAUAACAGAAGAUAUAUUAAAUGAAAUAUCUGGUGAAGGAUUAUCUGGAUCUGGAAAUGAUGUUGGUACUGAAUUUGGUAGCGGUGACGGAGAAGGCGGAAACGAAGAAGAAGAAUUAAUAGAAUUUGUCGAAGUGCCUAAGGAUUUUAUUUUCAUUGCUUAUAUAAUGAGAUUUAUGGCAAUCCUACACUCCAUUAUUUCUUUGGCCAUGCUUGUAGCUUAUUAUCAUUUAAAGGUACCUCUUGCUAUUUUUAAACGUGAAAAAGAAAUAGCUCGAACCGUGGAGUUUGAUGGUCUUUAUAUCGUUGAACAACCAGGAGAUUAUGAUUUCAAAGCCAAUUGGGAUAAAUUGGCAAUAUCAGCUAAAACGUUUCCUGUAAACUAUUGGGAUAAAUUCAUUAAGAAGAAAGUCAGACAAAAAUAUAGUGAUACUUACGAUUACGAAAUGAUAAGUGCAUUAGUAGGAAUGGAGAAAACAACAUUUAUUCAAGAAGAAGAAAGUUCUGGAUUGAUGCAUUUUAUUAUGAAUAUAGAUUGGAGAUACCAGUUGUGGAAAGCUGGAGUUACAAUUACUGAUAACGCUUUCUUGUACAGUUUAUGGUACUUUACGUUCUCAAUUUUGGGAAAUUAUAACAAUUUUUUUUUUGCGGCACACCUGCUAGAUGUUGCGGUUGGUUUUAAAACAUUACGCACCAUAUUACAAUCAGUAACGCACAAUGGAAAGCAGCUCGUUUUAACGGUUAUGCUUUUAACUAUUGUAGUGUACAUAUAUACCGUUAUUGCUUUUAAUUUCUUCCGUAAAUUCUAUAUCCAAGAAGAAGAUGAUGAAAUUGAUAAGAAAUGUCAUGAUAUGUUGACGUGUUUCAUAUUUCACUUAUACAAAGGUGUAAGGGCAGGCGGAGGUAUUGGUGACGAAAUAGGCGAACCUGAUGGCGAUGAUUACGAAGUCUAUCGAAUUAUGUUUGAUAUUACAUUUUUCUUCUUUGUUAUUGUUAUACUUUUAGCUAUUAUUCAAGGUUUGAUCAUUGAUGCUUUUGGAGAACUUCGUGAUCAAUUGGAAAGUGUAAAAACAAAUAUGGAAAGUAACUGCUUCAUUUGCGGUCUAGGUAAAGAUUAUUUUGAUGCGGUGCCACAUGGAUUUGAUACACAUGUGCAGCAAGAACAUAAUCUUGCGAAUUAUAUGUUUUUCUUAAUGCAUCUGAUUAAUAAACCAGAUACAGAACACACGGGACAAGAAACUUACGUGUGGAAAAUGUAUCAACAAAGAUGCUGGGACUUUUUCCCCGUCGGUGACUGUUUCCGUAAACAAAAUGAAGCAGUAGAGGAUGAGGCCAAGAAAAAAUAACUUUCUACAGAAGUUCUUUUAUACUAAUUUGAGUAGUUAAUUUACGCAACUUUUACUAAAAACUGAAAAUGUGUGACUAAUUAU